CCGAGUUAUCAUCGCUAAUAGAACUCUAUAUAUUCAUCUACUGAAUAUCGUAUUGUGUUAGACUACCCCUAUAUUUACCAGCACACGUUUUGCUGGUGAUACCAUAAUUAGUAUCUAUACGUUAUAUUGGUGCGGACGUGCAAUGAUUGAUAAGUGGACAGUGAUAAUCAGUAGCAGACGACAUAUAAAACAUCGACAAAUGUAAAGGAACACGUGGAAUUACCGUAUUGUUUUAUGUAGGUUCUUUUAUCAACAAUUUCAAGUCUGUGAUAUCGUGCUUCCUGUAAAUAAUGAAGUCGGCCAUCUUGUUUAUAUUUAUCAUCUAUAUAUACCAACAUUCCAUCGAAGGAUCACUUCCGGCCCAUCUCCGCCGAUAUGCUAGAGGACCCAAUAUAUGUGUUAUCCAGACUGUCCCUGGUACAAAAGACAGAUUUUUUUCACAGUGUAUAAACAGACAUCUUAGAACUAUAUGUGAACGACCAACGAGAACAGAAUUUGAAUGUUGUUCUGGUUUUAAAAAGGUAGCGAGAACACAGGGUUGUACCGGAAUUAAACCAUUAGUAAAUUUAGUUGAUACCGUAAAUGGAUUAGAGUUAGACGGGUUUACUAAUGUCAUUGGUCAGUCUGGAGUAGAAAACCAACUAGCCAAUCAAGGAGCCUAUACCAUAUUUGCUCCUUCAGAGGACGCCAUUCAGCAAUUGUCGGAUGAGGAAAGGCAGGAUCUUUUGUCGAGAUCUGACGAAGGCACACCGAAUGUUUUCUAUCACGUGGCACCUGGUCGUCUGAACUUCUCCAGCUUCAGGAAGAAUACUGACUACAAUACACUAUUUGAAAAUAAUAAAAUACGUAUUAAUAAAUACUCUUAUGGGGUAGCCACAGCCAAUUGUGCUAGGAUAACCAAACCUAAUGAAAUGGCGACCAAUGGAAUCGUACACAUCAUAGACAAGGUUCUUGAUCCGAAAGACAUGCAGAAAUCUGUUGCCGAGAAAAUCUAUUCUGAUGAUCAGUUCUCUCAGUUUCAACUGGCCAUAUUAGCUGCUAAAAUGGUGAAUACACUGAGAUCUGCUAAUGCUCUUCUUACUGUGUUCGCACCCACCAACAACGCAUUCGCUAAACUUCCAAAUGAUCUUUUGGAUAGAAUUUUAACAGACGAGGAAACCGCUAAAAAGGUUGUUGAUCAUCAUGUAGUGAAGGGAGUAUAUUGUAGUGAUUCAGUAAUUAUCGCCCUUGGUUUAAAGACUCUAGAUGGAUCCCGUAUAUUGUUUAGAUGUAAGAGGUACGGUAAAUAUAUCGAUAAGGCGAAACUCGUAGAGGAAGACAUUGUGGGUAAAAACGGUGUUAUACAUGGUAUUGAUACAGUUCUUGUUCCUGAUUCAGUGAAGAAUGUCGCUGAAUUAGCUAAAGAUCUGGAGUUAAACACGUUAAUGGAGAUGACGGAAAGAGCUGGUUUAACAUCUACACUGACUGGUGAUGAGGAAUUUACGAUGUUCGCUCCCUCUGAUAAAGCUCUUAGAAAGUUGCCGAGUGGUUAUAGAGCAGCUUUAUCAAGUCAACCUUUACAAAUGGCUAAGCUUUUAGAAUAUCAUAAAAUAAAGGGUAAAAUAAAGACGGAUCAGUUGAUAGGAAAUAAAACACUAGAUACAGGAACUAAUAAAGCACCAGCGACAAUAUCAGCUAAAUUAUCAGUUAAUGUGUUUAGAAAUGGACGUGUUGUGGUAGGUGGUGCUACCUUAGAGAAAUCUGACAAUGAGUGUAAAAAUGGCGUCAUUCAUACUAUAGAUAAAGUACUUGUACCACCGGAAGCGAGUAUUAUGGAUUUAAUUAUAGGUGACAGACAGCUGAGUACGUUACGUAUGGCUAUAGAGAAAGCGGGAUUAAGUGAAUUAUUAACUCAACCGUAUGGACAGUAUACAAUGAUAGCACCUACCGACAGAGCUUUCAAGACAUUGGGUAGAUGGGAGAAAAACGCCUUUUUAAACUUGUCGCCAGAACGCCUUAAAAAGUUUAUAGAACGUCAUAUUAUCAACAGAAUGGUGAUGAAAUGUGCCUUUGAUCCGCGAUCUGUUUAUGGUAUAUCAUCCAGACAGGGAGACAGCAUCGAGUUUACACAGGAAAGGUCCGGUUCUAUUUAUAUUAAUAAAAAAUAUAGAGUAGAGCGGCCUGAUGAACAGAUGGCAACCAAUGGUGUUCUUUAUAAGAUUAACAGUAUAUUAAAGUGUUCCUGUCAGCCUCGAAUCCGGGGUAGAAGAUAAAGCAACACUCUUGCUAUGGACAAUAUUCUAAAAAGAAAUUUAUGGAGAUUUAACCUUCUAAACUCUGGCAGAAUAUAUAAAAGCCUUAUGUCAGAGCAAUACAUAAAGAUAUACUUUCGUUCUAACUUUAAAAGAGUUAAGAAAUUAUUUUUACAAAAAAGCGGUUUUGUCCAAUUUGAAUUGUAUACAAACAUUUGAUAGUGUAACUGAUUCAUUAUGUAUUUGGAGUAAAUGCAAUGUUCUGAAAGAAUACAAACAUUAUUUUAAUGGAAUAUAAAAUUUGCUCUGAUGGAAUUAAAUCGGUGUUUGGUUGAAUAUAAACGUGCUCCUGAUGGAAUAAAAAAAAUCGCUGCACUGAUUAAAUAUAUACGUUGUUCUGAUGGAGUAUAAACGUUUGCAAUGGUGGAAUAUAAACGUUCUGAAAUAACAGCGUUGUUCUGAUAAAAAUACUGUUCCGAUGGAACAAAAAACGUUGUUCUGAUGGACUAAAUAUUGUUCCGGUGUGAAUAUGAACAUUGACCGGAGAGCAAGAAUUCUGAUGAAGUAAAAAAUAUUUCGGAUGGAAUCAAAACAAAUGUUUAUUUAGGAAUAAACAUUCUUUUGGUGGAAUUUAGAUACUUCUUGAAUGAAGUAAAAACAAUUGUGUUGGUGGAAUUAACAGUUGUUCAAACUGAAUAUAACACCUCCCUGAUAAAAUAAAACACUCUGGCUGCGUUGAAUUCAGAAGAACAAGAAAAUAUUUUAUUGAAUUAAUACAGUUGAUUUUCUAGUAUAUUUGAAGGAUUGUUCUGUUGUGUUAGGCAUUAGGUUGGUUAUAUAGUAAAUAUAUUGGAAUAUAAACUUUGGUCGCUUGAUAUAAUAACAGGUUGUUCCAUAUGAAUGCACACAUUUUUUAGUUUUGGACCAGCGCCACUCAUCUUGGUGUUAUUCUUCUUCUGGGCGACACUCUCCAAAAAAAGAAAUUGUUCUUUUGACAAUUGCGCAUCCAUUUUAAGGUAGUGGCGUUGACGUCAUCCCUGUUUCAUGGUCCAUAUAGUACUGUAAUUAUUAUAAUGGUACUAGGUCAGUGCAGUGAUAUAGUAAUGUAGAAAAUCACGUUCUAGUAAAUAAAGAUAUUUUUAUCUAAGAUGCGUGUAGCAUUCGUAAUAAAUUACCGAUUUUAAAUCA